GUUAUGCUCCUAGUACCAGCACUGGAAAUAAAGGAUUGAUUAUUGUAAAUAACCUUGAUGCUGCUAAAAAAGCUAUUAAGUUGAUAAUUGAUCAGAGUGAAGGAGGUAGUAGCAGUAACAAAUCAAUAAAUGCUACAAUCGAUGUCAAAGUUAGUGGAACAAUUGAAGUCAGUAAAAAAAUAAAAAUCUCUGGUGCAAUCAAAGAAGCAAAAGAAAAAGAGACAAUAGAAGGGACGAUAGAAAGGAUACUAGAUGAUUCAUCGUUCAGUGACCCAUACACUCAAGAUAUUAGAUCAUAUACAGAUCCAAAUAUCGACACUACCAUUAUCACUUUUGACGCUGCCAAUUCUUACCUUAUGCUCUUAUUACAAGUUGUUUGGAGAACCGAUAGACAAAAGAAAAAAAUAUUGAUAAUUAGAGGAAUGCCAGCACUGAUGUAUGGUGUCUUAAAGCCUAUAGCAACAUUUUUUGCAA